AUGGUGCAGAUUCGCAACGACAAAAUCAAGAAAACUGUGAAGCAAACCUUCCGCAACAUUAGUGAAACUAGUGAAGCCAAUCUACAAGACACAGCGUUUCCGGGGAAUGCCAAAGCUAGCAGGAGAAAAACUGAAGCAACAUGGAAUAUCUCAAAAACCACGAGUUCACCAAAAACAAGGACCACUUUCUUGCCAAAAACAACAAUAUCAGAGGAGGCAGAGACGCUGAAAAUUUGUAAACCGAGAGGACUCACAGAAAAACUACUCAUGGAGAAAGAGCCAAAGAUGAUUCCACCCAGGAUGAACGCUUCAUCGGUUAAUACAUCGUGGGCAGAGAAUAUUAUAAAACGGAAAGAAUUCAUACGCCGCAAAUGUGCUGAACACAACAUCAAAACAAACCCACUACCAGCAGGGGAACGUUUGCAUCUGUUUUGGGUCGAUGACCACCACAAGUUCAUCUUCUGUGAAAUUCCCAAAGCUGGCUGCACAAACUGGAAAAGAAUCAUGCUUCUGAUGACGUGCAACUACAACAGGUCUUACAUAUGGUCCCUGAGUAAGAUUGGAGUUCACGAAGGAUUGUCCAACAAAGUGUUGAAAAGAUUAAAAUCAUUUACACGCAGAUCAGACAGUGACGCCAGACUGAAAAGCUACACUAAAGUUUUUAUCACGAGACAUCCAUUCGAGAGACUGGUCUCAUUUUUUCGAGAAAAACUCGAUAAAGCAAAAAAUGAAUACUAUAUUUAUCAUCCGUUUAUUGCUGGUUACGUUUUACGUUCCAUACACAAGAGGCCUAAUGUGACAGAUGCAAUGAUUAUGGAACAUAACGUAACAUUCCCAGAAUAUAUCCAGUUUGUGAUAAAUACCAAAAAGCAUCCUGAUGUCCAUUGGGGUAUUCAGCAUUCCUUGUGCCACCCCUGCAGCGUCGACUAUGACGUCAUAGGAAGAUACGAAACCAUCGUUGAGGAUUCCAACAAUCUUUUGAAAAUGUUAGGGAUUGACGAAAUCACCUAUCCGCAGUCAGACAAUGUUGACUUUGCAAAAUACAAGACCAAGGAUUUGGUCUCCAAACAUUUCACCACUCUUAAACCUUGGAUGAUCAAAGAGCUGCAGACUAUGUAUAAAACUGAUGCAGACAUAUUAGGUUAUGAUCUUGAUUUAAAGUUAGAAUUAUCUGUUAUGGUCGGAGACUGA